GACUUUGACAAUCAGCUGAUUUUUAAAACAAGUGGAUAUGGAACCUUGAAGAAAUCCAAUUUUUCUUGCUAAUUAUGUUUACUAUUGUGACAUACCCUAUUGAAAAUUUCUAAGCACAAGAAUAAAACAUGAUAUCCUUAGAGUAACGCAUUCAGUUUCGUGAUAUUUCUCGUAAGAUAACGGCUAAAACAUGGCUUCUUCGAUCAACACGGUUCCUUUGUUACAAGAAGAUGAUUCAGAUAACGAGAACCCAGAAAGUUUAGCUCUUGGAGACAACAUACCUUUAUAUAAGCCUUUGGAACCGAAAGACAAGUUUUACACAGUUUACUUUAUAUUUUAUCUUUUAGGAAUCGUAACAAUUUUACCAUGGAACUUCUAUAUCACUGCAAACGAUUAUUGGAUGUAUAAAUUUAGAGAUAUUCAUAGAACCAAUGUUACAACAGCAAGUGAAGUUACAAAUAAAACACAACUGCAAGCUGAAUUCACAUCGUACAUUAAUGCAGCUUCUGCUAUACCGAAUCUUUUAUUUUUAAUUCUGAAUACAGCUAUAAGUCACAGGGUUUCUCUUAAUAAAAGGAUUCUAGGAUCUCUAAUUUUUAUGUUCCUGUUUAUGAUAGAGACUUUAGUCUUUGUGUUGAUAGAUACAGAUGAAUGGCAGUACAUGUUUUUUCUGAUAACAUUAUUAACUGUGGUAUUACUAAACAUUUGUAGUGCAAUAAUGUCUGGUAGUCUUUUUGGGGUUGUUGGAAAUUUUUCUCCGAUAUAUAUCACAGCGACGAUUGGAGGACAAGCUUUAGGUGGAAUUUUUGCCGCAAUAGCUGAGAUAAUUUCUCUAGCUAUCGGAGCAUCCUCCACACAUAGUGCUUUGGUUUAUUUUAUAAUUGGAAACAUUACAAUCGCAUUUGCGAUCCUAUGUUACAUAGUUUUGAUAAAAACAGUAUUUUUUAAGUAUCAUGUAGAAGAUAAGAUACUGAACAUAUCAGACUUUUCUAGCUCAUCUACAGUAUUAGACAUCUCACAUAAAAUAAUUCUAAGAAAAAUAUGGGUUCAUGGUGUCUCAAUGUUCUCAGUUUUUGCCAUAACUCUUUCCGUAUAUCCUGCCGUAACGGUACUUAUUGACUCUGAAGGAAAAGGUCACGGAAAUAGGUGGAACGAUGUAUACUUUGUACCUACUAUAGCAUAUUUACUGUUCAGUAUAGGAGACUAUUUAGGCCGUCUAAUAGCCGGAAGAUUCCAAAAACCAAAAAACGAAAGUAUUUUCCUUAUACUCAGUUUAUCCAGAUUUAUUUUUAUUCCAUUGAUGAUGCUGUGCAAUGCCCAUCCACGACGUUAUUGGGCUGUUGUUUUCGAUAAGGACUACCAAUACAUCUUAAUUUUGUUCAUGUGUGCCUUAAGUAACGGCUAUUUAGCGAAUCUUACAGCUAUUUUGGCACCAAGAAAAGUUGAUGAUUUUGAAAAAGAAGUCGCAUCCUCAAUGAUGACUGUGUUUAUGGGUAUAGGUCUGGCAGCAGGCUCAAUUAUAAGCUUAUUUAUGGUGAAAUUACUAUAACUUUAGUUGUAAAAUAGAUAAUUUUGACUUGUAAAUGAAUAUUUUGUUUCGUUAUUUUCAUUGUAUAUAUUUUAUUUCACUCACAGUGUAAUUACGUGCGUUUAUUUAUGCUAAAUGUUGUACCUGUAUAUUUAUAUCGUUGUAAAAGAUUCUUCACUUUACGUAUCAUAAUUUAGGUAAUUUAAUAUAUGAAUAUAUUACUAAAUUUAAAUGGGGAAAAUAUUUUUCAAAUUAAAUAUUUUCUUUGCU